AUGAGCCAGUCCUACUCCUCCAGCCAGCGGGUCUCUUCCUACCGCCGCACCUUCGGCGGCACCUCCCCGGUCUUCCCCCGCGCCUCCUUCGGGAGCAAGGGCAGCGGCAGCUCCGUCACCUCCCGCGUCUACCAGGUGUCGCGCACCUCGGCCGUGCCCAGCUUCUCCACCUUCCGCACCACCCGCGUGACGCCCCUGCGCUCCUACCAGAGCGCCUACCAGGGUGCCGGCGAGCUGCUGGACUUCAGCCUGGCCGAUGCCAUGAACCAGGAGUUCCUCCAGACCCGCACCAACGAGAAGGUGGAGCUGCAGGAGCUCAAUGACCGCUUCGCCAACUACAUCGAGAAGGUGCGCUUCCUGGAGCAGCAGAACGCCCUGAUGGUGGCCGAGGUGAACCGCCUGCGGGGCAAGGAGCCCACCCGCGUGGCCGAGAUGUACGAGGAGGAGCUGCGGGAGCUCCGCCGCCAGGUGGACGCGCUGACCGGCCAGCGGGCACGUGUGGAGGUGGAGCGCGACAACCUGCUCGAUGACCUGCAGAAGCUCAAGCAGAGGCUGCAAGAGGAGAUCCAGCUGAAGGAGGAGGCUGAGAACAACCUGGCCGCUUUCAGAGCGGACGUGGACGCGGCCACGCUGGCACGCAUCGACCUGGAGAGACGCAUCGAGUCCCUGCAGGAGGAGAUCGCCUUCCUCAAGAAGGUGCACGAAGAGGAAAUCCGGGAGCUGCAGGCCCAGCUGCAGGAGCAGCACAUCCAGGUGGAGAUGGACAUCUCCAAGCCCGACCUGACGGCUGCCCUGCGAGACAUCCGCGCGCAGUACGAGAGCAUUGCCGCCAAGAACAUCGCCGAGGCUGAGGAGUGGUACAAGUCCAAGGUGUCCGACCUGACGCAGGCGGCCAACAAGAACAACGACGCGCUGCGGCAGGCGAAGCAGGAGAUGCUGGAGUACCGGCACCAGAUCCAGUCCUACACCUGCGAGAUCGAUGCCCUCAAGGGCACGAACGACUCGCUGAUGCGCCAGAUGCGGGAGAUGGAGGAGCGCUUCGCGGGGGAGGCCGGCGGGUACCAGGACACCAUCGCGCGGCUGGAGGAGGAGAUCCGGCACCUGAAGGACGAGAUGGCCCGGCACCUGCGCGAGUACCAGGACCUGCUCAACGUCAAGAUGGCCCUGGACGUGGAGAUCGCCACGUACCGCAAGCUGCUGGAGGGCGAGGAAAACCGGAUCAGCAUCCCCAUGCACCAGACCUUCGCCUCUGCGCUCAAUUUCCGAGAGACCAGCCCGGAGCAGCGCGGCUCUGAAGUGCACACCAAGAAGACCGUGAUGAUCAAAACCAUCGAAACCCGGGAUGGGGAGGUGGUGAGCGAGGCGACCCAGCAGCAGCACGAGGUGCUGUAG